AAAAAACAUUUGAUACAUACUGUAUUUAUGUCCUUGUGGUGGUCAGUGAUGUUGUGUUGACUACUUUGAAAACUACAUUUGAAAGCUAUAUACGUAAAUUUUCGGUUAAGAAAUUAGUUUUUAAAAACAUGGCAUUAAGCUCUCCUUCAAAGUUUAUGAAUAUUGUGCAACGUUUGAAACUUCCGGCGGCUUUUUACCAUCCCAAAGUUAUCGAUCAUUAUGAAAAUCCCAGAAAUGUCGGUUCUUUAGAUAAAUCCGAUGAAAAUGUUGGUACUGGCUUGGUAGGUGCACCUGCAUGUGGGGAUGUCAUGAAACUUCAAAUUAAAGUUGAUGAAAAUGGCAAAAUAGUAGAUGCCAAAUUUAAAACAUUUGGUUGUGGUUCUGCCAUUGCCAGCAGCUCAUUGGCAACAGAAUGGGUUAAAGGUAAAACUGUUGAUGAAGCCCUUUCUAUUAAAAAUACUGACAUUGCUAAAGAACUAUCACUACCACCAGUAAAACUACAUUGCUCGAUGUUAGCAGAGGACGCAAUCAAAGCUGCACUAUCAGAUUAUCGCAUUAAACAGAAGAGCAGAACAAAAAAUGAAUAAUAAGUAACAAUAAAGUCUACAUUUAGAAUUGCGUUAGAAUUAUGUAUAUAUUUAUUGAUAUUAAAAAAUAGUUGUAUCAGUAUAAUAAAUAUAGCAGAUAUACAUUA